ACAGCUUCUAUAAUGCAAAUCAUUUCUCCUCAAUUCCUUCAUUCAUUCAUUCGCUUGCUUGUUGGCAAGUGGGCAAGAACAAAUUCAACAGUUGUUAGCAGUGUCAAAGAGCUAUUCUUCCUCAAGAAAAUAGCUUUCUUGUGUAGGGCUUAGAGUGAGGCAUUUCUUUCUUUUUCUCAGCUAGCUUAAUAUCAAUCACAUAUUCUCUUCAUGUUUGCUCAAUAAUACAGCAAAACAAUUCACAUUUUUUUCUUGCUAUUUGCCAUUGGGAGAGUGCUUGAACUCACUUUGUGAGUCCUAUAGCAUCUUCAUCCAAUAUGCCAACGUUAGAUUCACAAUGCUAGGAACAAAACCGGGACAUCUGUAUACAGUGGUACCUCGGUUUACGAACUUAAUCCGUUCUGGAAGUCUGUUCUUAAACUGAGACACGCUUUCCCUAGUGAGGCCUCCCGCAGCCUGUGCACUUCCGCUGUUCUGGCUUCCAUUCUUAGACCGAGGUAAAGUUUGCAAACCGGGACACUACUUCUGGUUUUGCGGAGUUUGUAAACUGAAUCAUUUGUAAACAGGGCUGUUCUUAAACCGAGGUACCACUGUACUACAAUGGAACAUUUUUUCUGUUGUUGGUGUGAAUGGUUUUCAGCUUAUUUGAUUCUUGACAAUCGCCCAUUGUGUUUGUCAAGAGAAAGAGUGGCACCUUUGAAGGAACGCCCACUGAUCACAGUCACACCAAUUCUCCAGUAAACAAGACAAGCGGGGGGCCCUCCACCUGUUCUCCUCUUUUUUCUUCCUAAUGUAACCCUAAUGUCUCAACAAAUGAAACUGACCUAUGGAAAAUGUAACUUGAAAAAAGAGACAUUGCACAUACCUUUGUAAAUCAAGAAAACUUUAAUAUUAUUUAAAAAACAACAAGACAAGUGGGGUGGGGCUUUUACAGCACAUUCCCACACAUGCUUAUUCGGAAAUUAUUAUUAUUAUUAUUAUUAUUAUUAUUAUUAUUAUUUAUAUCCCACCCAUCUGGCUGGAUUUCCCCAGUCACUCUGGGCAGCUCCCAACAAAAUAUUAAUAGCACGGUAAAACAUCAAACAUUAAAAACUUCUCUAAACAGGGCUGCCAAAUGAGGCUUAUUCCCAAGAAAGUGGGAUAUCUAACGAUAUCUAGAAGGGUACUUGUGUUAAGGCUGCCACCGCACGUGAAAGACAAAUUUAUUAUGACAUCAGCGCUUGUGAAUUAAACGUCUGCUUCAUCCGAUGCAAUGGAGCAUAGUAAUCAAGUGUCAGAAACACACACACACACGUGUAGACGCUGGAGCUCGAUGAGAACGCGCAGCCUGAGGCGAUUCAAUCAGAGCUUAAACAAGCGCAGCGGGAGCUUCUCCGAGGGCGCGAAAAAUCCCCGGGGCUGCGGCUCGUUUUGAGGUGCGAAAGCGGCGCAGUCUCCGACUAGCUGCCGCUCCAGGAAGCCGGGGCGCCGUCGCUUUCUCGCCUCUCCCUUCCCGGCUGCCCUCGGGGACACAGGCAGGCUCCUCCCGCCGUCUGGCGCAGGCGAGCCGCUUUCGGAGAAGAGCAGAGCAGGCGCCGCCGCCGCCGUCGCUCGCGGCCUGGGGCUCCGCAGGUGGCUGGCGGGCGGGAGGAGCAGGAAGCGCGGCGGCAGCGGAGGGAUUAUUGGCGGAGGGGAGGCGCCCGGGCCGCGGCAGAAGCAGGCCGAGGGAGGAGGAUGGCGCGGUCGACGGGAGACUCGGAGCAGGUCCGCUACUGCGCGCGCUUCAACUACCUGUGCCUCAAGUUCACGCUCAUCACCUACUCCACGGUGUUUUGGGUGAGUGCGAGGGGCGGGCGGGCCGGACCUCCGUCAGGCGGCGGCAGCUCCCCUGUAGUAGGGUGUAGCCGCCGAGCUGGGGCAGCCAAGAAAGAAGGAAAGCGGAGCGACGAGCGAGGAGCUGCCAUGGGGGGGGGGGGGGAGAGAAGAAAUGCCCCUCCGUGCCCGCGCAGGGUUGCCCCAGGGAUGCCCUCCUGCUGCCUUUUGUGUUUUUUCUCACAGAACCGGGGCGACCUGUUAGCAACAGGUGUGGUGCGAUGUGGGUGAGGCUGCUGGAAAGAAGCACCAGGAAACGCGCCGGCCGGCCGCAGCGUUUGGGAAUGAGGGGGGUUUUGUUGUUGUUGUUCAGGGAGUCGCGCACAGAAACCACACACACACACAUGCCGCCUCCUCCUCCGAACACGCCGGGGCGGUCCGUCCAGUUGCAAAGGUUUCCAAUCCCACCCAGUGACGGGAAAGCAAACAGCUCGCUCGAUAAGCACGUGCUUUUAUUUAUUUAUUAUUUUGUUAGUGGGAGGCUAUUCCGUGGUUUAAAAUAACGCCGAUUUCAAAGUAUGUAACGGAGGAGACCCUUCAGGGGUGCGGUCAGAAUAGCUGUAGCUUGACUUGUGCGGUGAAUUUAGCUGUAGGCUUUUAACUUGGCAAACUAGUGCCCUGACUCAGUCGAGGAAGGAAAAAAAAGGCAUUAAAGUGCUUGUGACACCUGCUGCCUUUCUCUAAAGCGAUCAUAUGCUAGCAGUGGCUAUUAGAAAAGGCAGGGUCAUAUUUCCUUGUCAUCUCCUCCUGCCCUGAAAUUUUCUUCUGGUUCUGUCGAACCAUUAAUAAUAAAAUAAUUCAUUUUUGCAGUAAAAAUUGUUUAAAUAGAAAUAGUCUCUGAAAAUUGUACAUAUGCUUAAUUUUUUUGUGUUGUCACACACCUAUCAUUCUGCAACCAACAUUGCAAACACACAGGUUUGUUAAGAAGUGCAGAAGAAGAUAAAAACCAUGCAUUUAUGUGGCCUGCAUAGUUCUGAGUUCAAAGUCUCAAUUUUUGCUUGUGGCACACCCCACAUUAGUAGGGAGGCAAAUUUUAACCUAUAAGGAAAUAUUUAAUGAAUUAGUCACAUGGAUGAAUUGAUAAGAGCUUGCAGGUCUAAUUCAAACAGACCAUUUUGUUUACAAUUGCCACCAUUUCCUUCCCUUCCCUUUUCUCUCUUUACUGUGUUGAAUAUAGACUAAACACCUUGGGACAGGGAUCUGUGUGUGCUUGUUCCUUGUAAAACACUUAUUACACAGUAACAAUGUAAUAUGACUGACUGACGGAAUAAUAUUGCUCCCAAUAAGACUUAUUCCAGUAAAAACCCCAAGCUUUCAUGCUAUUUGAAAGACAGUUCAGCUGUCAUUUUGGAUUGUAUUCAUACUUAUACUGGAUUAAUUAACCAUUAACACAUGAGGAUCUGGACUGGACAUAAUGUUCCCUGUUACUAUGAAUAAUAGUUUAUGCGGAGUGUUAGAUACACACACACUUCUCUCUUCUUCUGCACUGGCUUUGGUCUGGAGAGCCUGGUUUGUUUAAACUAGAGUUCCCUGUUUAAAUGAAAUAAGAGACUGUGGCUUAAUGUUUGCUUACUAAUCAGUACAUUAUUCCAGGGCCAGGAAUUAACCUAAAGCUAAAGAUGAAAAGAGGGGCUUUAGUUUAAACAAACCAAGUUAUCUGCACUGAAGAGGACUUGCAAUGGGAGGGGCAAAAGAGAAGCAUAAAGUUUUGACACUUGUUCUUGGCUUCAUGGUUUAUGAAGCUAGGAAUAAUUAAGUCUGAACUGACUCUUACUUUGUUCAUUAUUGUAUCUUCAGAUCUGUGACUAUCGCUCAAUCAAUACACAACACCACUUAACAUGUAGCUCAGUUAACACACAAUGCCCAACCAUGAUUUUGUGGCUGGGAGUACAUUGCAAAUUUGCACGUGCUCUUAUUCCCUCCCCUCCUCCACUUCCUGAGGUUUUUCUAGUCACAUUGCUGUGAUGUCCAAAUUGGCACCUUAUGAUUUUGCUAACCUCUGAAUCAUGGUUUGCAAACCAUCUUCAACGUUUCAAAUUCUGUUUAACAUCAUGGCAAACUAUGGUUAGUAGAUGGAAAUAGAUGGAGGAGGGUAUUGGCCAAUUUUGGGUGAACAACCUAGUUCAGUUGUGGGUAACAUUUGUCCCUGCAGGUGUUGCUGCACUCCAACUCCCAUCAUGCUUGCCAUUGGAGUUCAACCACAUGUGGUAGCUCAGAGGUUAGCAACCCCUGAUCUUACCUCCUUUAAGUUGUGUUGUUGGGUUUCUUGCAAAAAAUGCUUGACUAAAUGCAUUUUGAUCUCUUAAGAAAAGAGUGCACAUUUUGAAUCGGUUAACACCCGUUUGUUGUGCUUUCAUUGUUUAGAGGACUUGCAUUCUGGAUAUGAACUCUUGCUUUGUAAAUAUGAAAUAUUUUGGUGGACCCCUGGGCUUCUUAAGAAAAGUAAAACAAGACUUGUCUUGUGGGUAUCGUUAGAGUCUUUCAUUGGGCAAUAAUGGCUGCCUCAACAGUGAGUAAGCUGAAUGAGAUGAAAGGUUAGGUAGCAGUUGCUCUGUCAAAAUAUUGUUCUGUUUCAUUGAAGUGAGUUGAAGAGGUUGUUGGGGUCAUGGAACUACUGUAAACUUAAGAGCCAGUUAAAAGUGUGAAUGUAGAGGCCUAAUAAUUGUGUUUGUGCAUGCAUUGUAGCUUUCUGUGUAUUAAUUAUAGGAAUCACUGCCGGAUAAUUCCAGUUUUCAUCAGCAUAAUUCUACCUACAUUGCGGGACGGAACUUACCAAUCUGUUUUAUUAAUAAUGCCAAAAAUCAUUUUAGAAAUAUUUUGGCUAUAUUUUUUGAUGACUCAAGUUUAGCUGGAACUGUUUGGAUCUUCAGAAGGUGUCUUAGAGGAUCCCGGGCUGAUAUCAUCUGAAGGAUUACUCACUUUCUUCACUCUAUUUAGGCAUCACAGCUAAUAGAUCCUCGACUGAAAUUCCACUGAAGGUUCAUGCUGUUCUUUAUCCUUAUGGGGAAAUUCCUUACUUUCGUGUGACGCUAGCUGAUUUCCUAUUUACAGUUCAAGUUAUCUGUAUUCCAGGCGGCAAGGAUGUAGGUCCCUAGUUCCCAGUUCCUUAUUAUUAGUUCCCAGUUCAACAGAGAGCUGCAUGAGCAGCCUAAAUGAGGAACUGAAUUUCAUAACAUCUUGGCACCCCAAAAUGAGAUUUGGGGCUACCUCAUACCUUACAUCUCCAUGACUGGGAGGCUGUUUCCUUCAAGAUACAGCAGAGACAUGUAGGGGUAUUUCCCUGAAUGUGCAAGUAUGGUACCUAAGUGUGGAUGGGGGCAGGGACAAAUGUUUGAACCCCUGAUGCUUCUCAGGAUGACGUGCAUGAGGCUUUUGAAGCAGGGCUUGUUUGUGCACCCUGCCUCCCAUCCACAGAUACAGCGUUUGCAUAUUCUGAGAAAUGCACAAACAUGCCUCCUUAUUCUCUCUGGUCAAAAGCUUUGCUUUUGCACAACACACGAUUCCACCCUGGUCAUUCAGUGUCACAGUGUCAAGACUUAUGUUCUAACCAGCUCACAUAUGCCCAGGAAGGCUGGCACUUCUUUGUAUAAUGAUGCACACAUUCCUAUUUAUGGAUGAAGGCUUCAACCAAAAGUCAGACUUUUCUAGAAAGAAGCGACUUAAGAACCUCAAAUGGAGAGGCCUCUCCCAGCCAAUACACUUUUGUCAUAAAAGAUUGGUGAGAGGAUCACUCCUUCUUUCUCAGUUUAUUUUAAACUGCCUUCUUUGGCAGUUUUUCUUCCUCAGAGGAAUUUUUAUUGAGGGAAAAGAGACCUUUUUAAAGCUAUGCUUAUUUUUAGCUUUGAUAAAUGCAAUGGUUUAUAUUUCUUAGAAGUAUAUUUUGGCACUGCUUUUUUAUAUAUAUAUAAAAAGGAUUUCCCCUUAGUUCUCCGGCUCUCUUGGUUAUUGAUGGGAGAAAUUUUGAAGCUGUGUGUUGAGAUAUGGGAGCUCUAAAAAUACAAUUCAGGAUUGGUCACUCGGGCCAUAUGGAGACAGGACCUUUCACCCCAGAGCUAAUAGCACUGUGGGGAAUAUUUCCACCAAGAUCAUGGUUGAGGGGAGGGAAGGCUUAAACAUCCCCAUGUGCUGCAGUCCUGACAAAUUUAGAUACUGUAUUAAUAUUUAUUAAAUCAAAAUCAAUUUGCAGUGGAUGAUCAUGUAGCAGGAUAAACUGAUUUUCUCUCUUCUAAAAUGUUGGAUAAGAAGGCUGCUGAAAAUAAGUAGACACACAGUUUUAAACAUUAUUUUCGUUAGCUUGAUUCAGGUAGAACAAGAACGGAAGAAAUAUUACCCUGGACCAAACCACUGCAUCUAAAUAGUCUUUAAACCUCUUUUGUUGACCAGCAGCAUUACACUUUCCAUUUUUAAGUUCAGAAUAGAGUACAGUGGUACCUCGGGUUAAGUACUUAAUUCAUUCCGAAGGUCCGUUCUUAACCUGAAACUGUUCUUAACCUGAAGCACCACUUUAGCUAAUGCGGCCUCCUGCUGCCGCCGUGCCGCCGGAGCACAAUUUCUGUUCUCAUCCUGAAGCAAAGUUCUUAACCCAAGGUACUAUUUCUGGGUUAGUGGAGUCUGUAACCUGAAGUGUAUGUAACCUGAAGCGUAUGUAACCCGAGGUACCACUGUAGUUGCUUUGGAAGAAAAUAAUCAGGCAUCCACACAACAUGACCAGUCGAACGAAGUUGAUGUUGAAGAAUCAUUGCUUAGACACUGGUGAUCUUUGCUUCUUCCAGUACACUGGCAUUAGUUCACCUGUCCCGGUUGAAAUGCAGAGUGUUUGAGGACUGGGACAUUCACAGGGAAACCAAAAUGCUUGUUUACAAAGCUAUUGUCCUACCAACCUUACUGUAUGCUUGGGUGUCCCUAUAAGGCCAUUAAGACCAGCGUGUAAGACUACCUUGUGCACCACUAUUAUCAGUAAAAACAAACAUUGAGUAUUGUGGCACUUUAAAGAUUAACACAAUUAUCCUUUUAAUAAAAUGAUAUUGUUUUAUUAGUAUGAAUCUUUUAUGAAAGUGGCACAAGACUCUUGGCUGAAGUGGACUUAACACGGUUAGUCUUCUGGAAAUGUUAUCGGUGGUAUCAGUUCGGCUACAGAACAGUUCAAUAAUGUUUUGGUUGUGACAUGGCCUGUUGGAAAUACAAUCUGCCCCUGAUUUAGGGACCAGACAAAAUAAUGCUGUGUGCUUGAUGCUUCCAGUUUGCUGUACCUGAUUUAAGGGUUUUUGGGUUUUUUAAAAAAAAAAAUCAAUUCCACCUUUCAAGAUUCCUGCUAGUUUGUACUUUUGUGAAAUAAGCAGUCAUUUGAUUUUCUCUUUUUAAUAAGUCAGUUUAAAAUACAGCCAUUGGUUUUGUUUGGAAAACAACAAUAACAAACACCUUUUCUCUUUCUUUCUGUUACAGUUGCUAGGAGGGUUUGUCUUAGCCGUUGGCAUUUAUGCAGAAGUUGAAAGACAGAAAUAUAAAACCCUUGAAAGUGCCUUUUUAGCUCCAGCCAUUCUUCUAAUACUCCUAGGUAUUAUAAUGUUCCUCGUUUCCUUCGUGGGUGUGUUGGCUUCCUUAAGGGACAACUUAUACCUUCUUCAAGCUGUAAGUACUUUUAUAUAAGUAGGAGUCUACUUGUAACCUGAACUUGAUGUUUAUAAAACUUAUUUUGAUCUCUAUUCUGUAAACAGCUUUAAGACAGCUUAGCUAAUAACUUCCUUCUUUGGAUAAAUGGCAGAGAGAAAGGAAAGUGCAAGAUGGAUUCUAAUAUAACCAGUGUAAACGAAGUUGGCAAAGGCAAACGCUUUACUUUAGUGGCACUUAAUCAUGGUUUUAGAGAAAAUGUGGGUGCAACUGAAAGAGCUUGCUUAAACAAAAGUAAGAUUUAUGUAAGAAAAAUGCAAUGUAAAUUCAGGCAUAUAAAAAGCUUUUAUAUUUAACAAAUAUUUAACGUGUUUAUAUAGCUUGAUGUUAAAAGCGGAGUCAGGAUAAAAUAUUUUCAUUCACAAAAUGUAUUUACUUAUUAUUUAAACUGAAGUCCAUUGAUUUACUGCCUCCAGGUUAGCAGAGCAGGUUUCUUUAACAGCAUGCAUGCUUGAACUUUGUCCAUCUACAUGGUGUUUUUUUAAUGUGUCAUAUUUUUAUAUAACGUAUUUAUUAAUGAAAAGAGCCCUUUGAUCUAAAGUUGCACCAUGAUUCCUUUUGGGGUAGAACCAGUGAUCGACAUUUUCACAUCAACAGUAAAACAGUCAAUAUGCCUGAAUUUACAACAGUAAAACAAUCAAUAUGCAAAUUAAAUUUAGAGCAAGGUUGAGAAUGAAAAGUAAACAGCAAGAAUUCAUUAACACUACAGUGGUACCUCGGGUUAAGAACUUAAUUCGUUCUGGAGGUCUGUUCUUAACCUGAAGCCUCCUGCUGCCGCCAUGCCGCUGCUGCACAAGUUCUGUUCUCAUCCUGAAGCAAAGUUAUUAACCCGAGGUAAUAUUUCUGGGUUAGCGGAGUCUGUAACCUGAAGCGUAUGUAACCUGAAGAGUAUGUAACCCAAGGUACCACUGUAUUGGCCUCUGGUGGGGUGUUCCUCUGCCAAUCUCAUGUAUGCAUGUGAAUUGAUGAUUACAAUAUUAGAACAGCCCACUCGUUCUGCAACACUCAGGUGUUUAUUAGAGUAAGCUGACCAAGGAGACGAAAUGCAAAGUAUAAAAUACAAAACCACAGACUCCAUGAAGCCAAUGAUUUUAAAAUGACAAGCUCAGAACUAAGAAUCAUAGCAGGCCUAUGAGACGUUACAACAUUUGGAAGUCUUGCCACCUGCUUAAUAAUAAACGUAUUGAUCCCCUCAAGAAAGAAACUGGGAAAGUUCUCUGAAGAUCAGUUAGGAAACAGUUUUGUAAGUGAAUAUAUUGUGUGCAAUCUUCUGAUAAAACAACAGAAAAAGAACUGACGAGAGACCCUUUUGACCUCUGAGAGGUCACACAGAAAGCUUCUGCCUAAAUGAAGGGAACUAAGUUUUGAAGUGAAACAUUAAGAUGGGCAAAUCAAAUAGCUGUUCUGUACUUUGGCGCCUAGCAACUAUGUGCUUGCAUGGUGCUGGCUGCAGUGGCCCCAUGCCACAAGUGUCUCCUUGAUGACCAAAUGUAACAGGGAGAAGGCCCCUCCCCUUUCUAUUUGCCAGAUUGCGAUGAUUUGUGUUUCCCUUCUAGUGAGUUGCCCUCACCAGCCAGUGCUGCAUGUUUCGAUUUCAGAGCCUUGUAAAUUUUUAAAGAAAAAUGGGAGAAGAAAGAAAAAUAACACCCCUCACAUUAACCACUCAGUAAACUUCACUAUAUUCAAAUGAUUGAACAGGUAUCCAAAAAAAAUGUAUUUUGUUUGUAAAAAAUAUGUUCAAAUGUAGCAAGGGCAUUAAGGUCUUUGGUCCAUUGCGUAAUAGAAUCUAAAACAUGAGUGCUGCACAGAACUCAAGAGAGGAGGAUGAAGGCGGCUUGGGGACCUGACCGUGGUGCCACAGGUCUGCCUUCAUCUCCUGUGCUGUGCUGCUGCUGCUGCCGCCUGCUGCUCAUCCUUAGUAGUUGAGAGGCAAGAUCACCCCCCCCCCCGAGGCACAUGGGUCUCUGCAGAGUAGCAGCGGUAAGUGCUCCAGUGGCACUGCCUCAUCUACAGCAGUUCUAAAAGUUGCUUAAUUUCACUGGAAGUCGUGAGUCAUGAUUUCAGUGCUGAAGAUUUUAGAUUUUGUAUGUUAAUGUAAUAUUUUUGAAAUUCUUUUGCAGUUCAUGUACAUCUUGGGUAUUUGUUUGCUCAUUGAAUUAAUUGGUGGAGUUAUGGCCUUAAUGUUCAGGAAUCAGGUAAGAAAACUGAAAUAUUCAAGAAAAUGCCUAGUUAAAAAAACUUAUCCCCAUUUGUUAUGGAAAAAUGGAACCAUUACUCUCUUGUCCCAAAGCAAAAUUACUGAUUACCCUAUUUUUCUGUCUAUAAGACGCCCCCAACUUUGGGGACUCCGAUUUAAGAAAAUGGGGGAAAUCUAUCCAUGUAUAAGACGCCCCCAAAUUUUGGACAUUAUUUUUAAGGGGGAAAACCUAGUAUUAUACACGGAAAAAUACGGUAUUAUGGAAGAGUCACAGAAGAUCAUGUAUUUGAGUGGCAAGAUUGGAACAAAAUCAGGGCUAUGCAAACACUACUGUAAUAAAUAAAUAAAAUUGCAUUCUGGCACUCCUGAUUCUGUGCCCUAAGCUACUACGUAACUUACAGAAAUCAUGCAAAUUUCCAUAAUUUCUCUUACUUUGUAUAAUUUAUUCUGCAAUAUUCACUCUUACCAGCUAUGCAAGCUCUUUUUAUCCUUCUGGCUUUUCAGCAGGUGUUUUCCACAGUUCAAAGUGUAUGUUUGUUACCUUAAAAGGCCAAAACUAUUACCAUUAAAAAAAAUGAAAUAUGAGAUUCUUAGGAAGUUAGAUUCAGUGCCUAAUACCGCAUUAUAUGUUCAGUAGACUGUGAGUUUAGUUUAUUUGUAUGUAUGUUGUUUUUCCGUAGUCAGCUGUGCCCAAAGCAACUCAUUAAGUUAUCAAAAAUACAACAUUUGGGGAAAAUCCAGUUUGUAACCAAAUAUCAAUGUCAGUGAAUUCAAGUAAGGCAAAAACUUUUCAACCAGAAUAGGAUAAAUUCAGUAUUACAAAGAAACAAUUAGACUUCAACAGUUAGACUUAAACAAUAUGUAUGAAUGAAGCUAAUAACACACUUCAAGUGCUGCUCUUACAGCACUCCAAGAGCCCACACUGGUCUAAAUACAUUUGAGAGGGGGUUGGGGGCUGCUCAUCACCAGAUGGUUCACAAUGGGCUCCCCUUUCUGUCUUCCAGAGGAGACUUUGACAGCAGCAAAAGGGAAGUUCCUGUUAAGGGCCAAUUGGUUGAAUUUUUCAGGCUAUAAAGACUCUUGUGUGUUACUGUAGUAGGAAAUGAAAGAAAGAAAGAAAGAAAGAAAGAAAGAAAGAAAGAAAGAAAGAUGGUCUUUCCUUCCAAAAAAGAAGGAAAUAUGUAUAUGAUGCCUUGCACUUCCUUCAGUAUUUUCAAAAGACACCCAUAAUUGAGUAUUGGCAAAAUAAACAUUAACAGAGGCUAAAAGCCUGGUAGCUAAUCAACUAAAAAUUCUGUAACUGGUUGGCAAUUCUAACAUUUUGUCAUAAACUGGGAAUAGCUUUGAGUGUUACCAGAAUAUAACUUCAUAGUGCUUUAAGAAGAUAAGGAUCGACAAGUUGUCUUUGGCAGCCCGCUACCCCUCUGAAGCUUCCAACCUGCCUGCUGGCCUUGCAUGUGUGCAGUAGCAUAAAUACGAUAGAAUGAGACAACUUGCCUCUGUGCAGCCUGGAUACGAGCACAAUAUAUAGGCAUCAAAUAUCACUCAAUACAUUAUUGCUUAGAUUAUGUUAUGUGAAGUUUCUUUUCAGUAUGGAGAAAUGCAAUAACAUUUUCAAGAUGUCAGAUUACCUUGUUCGGAGAUUUGCAAAUCAGGCAGCAUGGUACCACUGCAGCUUCACACAGGCUCUCUGCCUGUGGCCUAACACGAUACAGGACAUUUAGGCUGUAAUCCUGCACACACUCACCUGGGAGUAAGUCCCACUGAAGUCAGGAGGGCCUACUUUCUUCUUAGAAGACAUGUAUCACAUUGCUCCCAUGCCUUGGGAAAAGACUUCAAACACAGUAAAUUGGUGAAAAGGUUGUAUAUGUUAAAAUAUACCAAUCAGAAGAACUGUGGAAUAAUAGCCAAAUCAAACAAAUGUGAGCAGAGGAAGUUAGCUCAGGUGUUGGAGGGCAACCUCGCUUCUCACAUUCUGUGGCCCCCCAGCUAAAGAUUGGAAUAAACAUCCCUCCUUGCUAGGUGAAUCAUGAGCUGUAGAUGUGCCUCAAGCCCCAGUGUUCAGAAGCUUUCAUCCAGGCAUACAGCUCUAGUCCAGAGAGCACUCAGCAGCACCCCUAAAGCUUCUUGCUUUGGGUGAUAACUUGUGGUUGUUCCCUGUCUAAAAAUGCCUCAUGGUACCAGUCAACUGUUGUUUUAAUUUCCUUCAUCAGCCUGCACAGAAUGCUUCAGAGGAGAUCGGUUUCUGCUUGUUUGCGUCCACCCACUCGCACACAACAGCUUGAAAAUAGCUCUCGGCACUGGCAGAUGGACCCCAUUGACCCAGUGAGGGGCAGGAAUAUCAUAACUGAUUCUGGGGUGUGGAGUAUAGCUCCCCCCCAAAAAAAAAACACAAGAGAAACUGAUUGACCACGUGGGAGAACCCAACUCGAGUCUCAAAGUGAGAGGGAUAGAGCAGACUUGUUAAUUGGACAGCAGGUUUUUUGCAAAGAGCCAGAGCAAUUCAUUCUGCGUAGUGAGAACUUGGAAUUUCAGCAGCAUCAUCCUUAAAAAUCCACAACUAUUUUUAACUUGCCUGAGCAUCAGUUCCUCAAGGCAUGGAUAAAGACUUGAGAGCCUGCCCAGGCAUAGAAAUUCCUACCCGCAGCACUGUAAUGUCCCUUCUUAACUUGUAAUAAUGAGGCAUACACUCAUUCUGGCUAGGCCCAAAGGGUGGAGAUGUAAAUUACUUCCUUCCCCCAAACUUCUCAUUUUUACAGGUAGGUUUUGGUCAGCCUGUUCCAAGCGCUAGUAAGCAAUUCUGAGCCAUUAGUGUUUUGGAGAAGCGUGGAGCUUGGUGUUUCCUCUUGCAGCACAAGCUGGCCUGACAAGCCUGUUUUGUCUCUAAAGUUGACGUACAAGUCCUCUGAUUUGCAAAGGCUUGUCUACCUUGAAUGUCUAACUCGGGGAAACCGAUCGCUUGCUAAUAAAAGUGAAAUGAAUAAAAGUUUGAGAUAAUAGGGACCCCCUCACACACAUAAUAAAUUUUCAGUUAUGAUGUUGUACCUUCAGAUGCCUUUCCUCAAAGUAGUAUUUCUGUAGUGUGAAUAUUGCAUUUUCCCACCAUUCAAACUGAAUAUUGUAUCUGUUUGAAAAAGAAUGGUGCACCAAUGGAGACAGGAUUCAGCCUGAGCAGACAGAGAUCUUGGGCCUCGCAAGUUGAUUUUUUUUUUGGAAGAACUUAGCCAUUACGGGAUGUAUCCUGCUAUUAGAAUGAUACUCAUGUGGGAGAUAGGUAUUUUCUGGUUUGUUUUAAAGAACCAUUUUAUAUUCCAGCAUUAGAUGUUGGGGACAACGGUGCUGAUUUGGGCCCCACACUGUGGGUGCCCAGCAUGACUUGCCCCCUGCCCACACUGUGACAUUAUGAUGCACGUGCCAUGACAUCAUGAUGCACACUGUGGUGUCAUGACAUCAUAGCACGGGGGAGGACACAAGCUCCAGCUGCACGGCAACUGGCCCCUCCUGCCAGAACUCUCUCUCUCUCUCUCCAACUCCACGCUCUCUCUUCCACCCCAUGCUUGAUCUCCCUGCUCUUUCUCCCACCCACCCUGCCUGAACUCUGUGCUCUCUUCCACCCCAACUCUACACUCUUUCACUCCCUAACUCAACACUCUCUCUUCCCCUCCUGCCCGAACUCCACACUCUCUCUCCCACCCCCCGUCUGAACUCAGCGCUCUUUCCAUGCGGUGUGGAGCCUGCGUGCCAGCUCCUGCAUUUUGCGGGUGCCCAGCCCCUAUAUGGGAAAUUUUCUGGGUGCUUGGGCACGCAGGACCCCAGGGAGAUAGUGCCUAUGAUAGGGGCGUAUGCAAUCUUCAAAAAUUUUUGUGUGUGUGGACAAAUUGGAGUAGAGGAGAGCUUGCUGGUAUCCACCACUUGUUGAAGGGAGAGAUUACAAUCUCCAGGUUGGAAUGGUAUAGUGGGAGAGUUUUUAUCUUCUAAAGCAGUAAAAAUAAAGAAAAAAAUCCAAAUGCUACAAAAUGGACAUUGGAAGGAUGUAUUAUUUGUUACUUAUGAUACAUCGCAGGCAUUGUCCAACAGUUAAUAACCAUAUUCACGCAGCAAUGUGAAUGAGAGGAAAAAUCACAUUUUCCCAUUGGCAAAAUACUCCCGUUGGUAUGCUGGGAAAAUGCAAAAAUCCUUUAACAAAGCCACUUUUUCAUUAAGUUAGUUCUGUGGCUCCUACAUAGUGGUCUAAGUAAGAUGUUUCACAUUUAUUGCAUGAAAACAACUAUUAAACCAUAAGCAAACAUUUGCAGGAGUAGGUUCUUGUUUUCCUACAAUUUUAUAUAUUGACGGGGGCUAAUACCAGACUAGUUCUUGCAUAUUGCUUAUUUUUAGGGCUGUCAAUCAGUUACACAUUCUUGACCCAUAAUCUGCCUUUGAUUCUUACAUUAAAUUGUAGAUAUUAUCAUCAUCUUUCUAAGAUACCAAAGGAAGUGUGAGAACUUACAGCAUGUUAAAAAUUUCUCUUUCAUUUCCUUUUCUAGCAGCUUAUCAGAACUAAGAGUCUAAAAAGCAUUACAAUCAUUCUCAGCCCCACUGCUGAAUAGACUUGUUAAAACUUGUUGCCGGUUAUAGAUGGUAUGAGUGCAUGCUUAUACUUUUUUCUUUUCAAAUUAUGUGUGCUUGAUCUUAUUUGGUUGUUUUUCCCUUUAGACAAUUGACUUUGUAAAUGAGAACAUCCGAAGAGGGAUUGUGAAUUACUACGAUGACUUGGACUUCAAAAACAUAAUGGAUUUUGUUCAAAAGGAGGUUGGUUUUUGGAUGUCAAAUUAAUCAAACAGUAGUAGGCUAUUCAUUGAUCCCAUGUGCUACAAUAUAGCAGUAGCUUCCAGCUAUUUGCUGUUCAGGUGGAUGUGUUGGGGUGCUCAGUGCUGGGGUGGCUUCCUUGCUGACAGUGGAACCCCCCCCCCCCACUGGUGGAGGCUGGCAGAGCUGGGCAGGGGCAUCUCUCCUCCAUUCAGACCCCUCCAUCAUGGUGAGCUGGGGGUUUGGAUGGCUCUGUUAAUUGCUUACAAUUUUUAUGAUUUAGUUUCCAUACAAACAUUUUUCAGGCACUAAGGUGUUUGUCGGAACUUGAAACCCUUGCUGAGGGAAAUAGGCCAUUGAGAGUUAGAAAUUGUUUUGAACCACGGCUGUGUCUUAUGCCAUAGCAUGCUUAAUUGACUCAUUGGUUUGUGUUGAAAUACUUACUGGGUUGCUUUUGCCUUGAGCUACAGAGAUGUUAAAUGAAACGGAAAAGUUGGAUAUUUUUUAACAUACCGAGAACAGCAUGUGUAUAGAUAUAUAGAUAAAAACUCCCAACAUUUAAAAGACAACUUUGACUUUAUGGUGAAGAUUUUGGACACAAGCCAGAAGAGAGGUUCUUUUGGGCAAACUAAAUUGAAAUGAAGGGAGGUGUGCAUAAACAUAAAUGCUCAUUUCAAUGAGGCUUGCUCAGAAGACCAUUGUGGUGAAUUGUGUUCCUUAUAAGAUAUUUUUUAAAGGGGACAGCCUUCUUUUAAAAAAAGGUCAGGAACAAAUUGUUUUAGGCGUGUACUAAUUCAUAGCUUUCCAAGUCGCCCUUUUGUUAAAUGUAUACACAAAGUUUUAGAGUUCUCGUAAGUAUCUGGUUUAUCCUUGUUUAGGUCCCUUCCAAUGAGAUGUUUAGUUAAUGCAUUAAUGAUUGAUUAACAGUGUUUAGUUUUCUAGUUCUUGUUUUAUAAAUGAAAUUACAUUAGCUAUUCUCUUUUACUCUGUAAUGAUACUCAUAAAAUCUGGGACAAUUCUGUGGUGCAUAGUCUGAGAAAAUUUAGAUGCAGCAAAUGGAAGCUGAAGGUCACAAAUGAUGCAAAGGAAAGUUUAAUCAAUCAUUUUAUGAUGCUUAUUGUAAAUAGCGCAUCACAAUCCAAAUGUUUUUUGAGUUUGACCUUCAGGAGUGUAGUCGUCAGCAGAUCUCCGCUUUUGGCUGUGGCUGUUUUGCCUGAAGGAAGAUGCUACGUUCAAAAUGUAUGGGGAUUUCAUGAUAUUUUAGCCAUUAAAUUAAACACACACACACACAAAUAAAUUACACAGUAUUCAGAACUUUGGCUAGAUAGCUCCUGCCCUUUUUGUUCCUAUUUCAACCCUACACAUUCAUUGCUUUAGUGCUUUUUCUUUCCUUUUUUGCAGUCAGACUAGACAUCAUAUAGCAUAAAUUUAAAGCAAUAUAUUGGUCAGCCUUUCCCAACUUGGUGUCUUCUGGAUGUUUUGGACUAUUAACUUACAUCAGGUCCAGCCAGGGCACUGGGUUGGGAAGGCUCCCUUAUACCUAUAAUUUGGGGUUCUAAAGUGAAUAGGGAUUGCUUUGGAAUCUGGUAGGAUCAGGCCUUGAGACUUCCUCACAGAGUUCUUUACAGGCUCUUCCUGCCCCAGAAAAGAGCUGCAAACAAUAUACAUUUUGGUGGUUUUGUGUUCCAUAUGUUUAAAUUGGUGAUUUGUAAAUUAUGUUAGGCACCUCCACACAUGCUAAUAAUAAUAAUAAUAAUAAUAAUAAUAAUAAUAAUGAGAAAUUAGGACAUGAAGCCUCUAUAAUAAUCACAAGGUUUUAUUCUUACUGAUAAUAAGGUUCUAAAUUUCUGCAACAAGGAUUUGUCUUUGUGUAACACCUUUUUCCCCCCUCUUCAAAGUUCAAGUGCUGUGGUGGUGAAGAUUUUAAAGACUGGUCAGAAAACCAGUACCAUGACUGCAGUGCCCCAGGACCACUAGCUUGUGGAGUUCCUUACUCUUGUUGUGUCACAAACAAGGUAAAAGUUACUUAUUAUUCCAGAUUAAUUUUGCAGUUACCUGUUGGUUCCUCACAUUUCACCAAAUGAUUUUUUUUUCUAUGAAAGAAAAUCAGUCUGGCAAGCUAAAAUUGCCACCAAGAAUGGAGAUCUGUACACGGAAGGGUUCGUUAUGUGAUUCAUCUUGCUUGAUAUGAUCUGUGCACACUUAGACUAUGUGUAACAAAUGGUAAGCAAGUGUACAUUUUCCACACAAAAGCAGAUCACCCAGAAACAACCUUGGUAAGGAUAACAGGCUCUUUCAGUACAAUUUCCCAAAAGGAAAAGUUCUAGGAAUCCUUUUUAAAAUAAAUUGGUUUAUUUGUGUUGGUUUUCUACAGAUAUUUUAAGUACUGGAUUCCCCUCCCCCCCCCUAAUAUUUUUUGAAGCAAAUGAAGAAUUAUAUCCGUUUUCUUCUAGGCUGUUUGUGGAAUUAAAGAUUAAUUAUACCAUGUCACCUUUUCCUGACCAAUUAAAAAUAACCAUUAAGAAAUGUUUCCAAAGAAAGCCUAGUAAUAACAUCAUAUCAGUAUGAUAGAAUAAAAACCUCAACAACAUUUGGAUGAAUUAAAAAUUGACGCUCCAUUGAGAUUUUGUGACAGAGAGGGUGAUAAUAGAACGUUGUUUAGCAAAAUAUUUUUGCAUCUCUUUUUUCAUUAUUACCAAAUGAAACCAGUAAUGUUCCUAUAAAUAGUAUUGCCCUUUUUAGGUUAUAAGAGAACAUGUUACCACGUAUAUCACAGAACAGUCCUUGAAAUCUUGCAGCACCAUCUUGUUAACACUCAUUUAUCUGGAGGAUGCCACACUGGCAGUCUUUAAAAAAUAAAUCAAGAUGAAUAAAUCUUAGCCGCUUGACAUGUUUCCAAAACCAACUUGGCUUUUGCACUGGAAAUGUACAGAUGUGAGCAAUAAUUAGUCAUUUACUCUCUGGUCAUGGAAAAGUACUGUUAAUAUGUGAGGGCAGCGUCUCUAUCUUUGGACAAAUUUCAUGCAGUACAUAAGAUUCAGAUACUGAUACCCAGGUGUAAGUGGCUUCCUAUCACAGCCAAGCUUGGGGGCAGCCCACAAAUUUGCUUGCCAAGGAACUUUUUUGGGUCCAAGCGUGUUUAUGUUCUGCCAUCUCUGGCAUGGCACUGCUCAUAGAGCCUAGGAGGGGGUGCCUGGGCACAGUCUGCUCAAUUUCUCCUUCCACAGGCUAUCAGAGCUUGACAGGACUAACUCCCACCUGAUGGGAAGGCAGGAUUAGGAAUGACCUGACUCAGUCCAGUGGCCUCCUCCCACAUCUUAGCAGAACAGAGCCAAGGAUCUUAAAAUGAAAAGUUGGCAGCCCUAUGUGCUACUCCCAUAUCCUGUAAUUGCUUAGAGUGAUUCUGCAGACGGACUGACCCUGAUUAAAGAGCACACAGUCUUACCAUUGCCAGAAUGGCGGAGGCUGUUUUGCUGCCCUGCGAAUGAACAGGCAUAACUUUCCCUCCAACCCUCUUGCCUAGUUCUGCAGGUGUUCAGUGUGGUAGAUCCUGAAAGGAGGAGAUCUGCCUGUGGAAGAUCCUAGCUGGCUGGCAGCUUUGAUGUCCAAACUCUAGAGCAGUUUUAUGGCUUCCUUUGAAAUUUGUGAUUAUUAUUAUUUUUGCUUUAGGAGGCAAGUUAAAUAUACUUUAUACGUGUGUGUGUUUGUGUGUUGCCACUUUGAACAAACCCCCAAAGGGUGGCAACCCACUUGACUCAUGAAGGGAAAGACAAGAAUUGGUGGUACACAGUAUUCAGCUGUGUUCUGUGUACAUUUGCAGUACUUGUGGAAAUUGUACUGGCUGGGCAUGAGCUGGGCUCAGCUGCAGUUGAAGAACAGACACUUCUGUUUGCGUGGAACAUCUGUCACGACGCUCAGUCUCACGCCUGGAGGAUGCUUUAGAGCAGUGUCCCUAGGGCAGCACCAUCUUCAGAAAGAUGACAGCCACCAAGAGUCACUGCUGAAGGAAGCCUGUAUGUGGCAUCAUUCCCAGUGUUAGGACAUAGUACCUAGGAAGCCACCUUCUACUGAGUCAGGCCAUAUAUAUAUGUUCAUCUAGCUAAAUGCUGCCUGGCAAUGUUUCCAGGGUUUCUGACAGGAGUCUUUCCUCGCCCUUCCUGAAGAUCUUGGGGAUAAAGGCUGGGACCUUCUGGGACAAAGCACAAACUCCAUCACUGAGCUGCAAUCUUUGUUGCUGAGAAAGCACUUUCUCCACUGCCACUCCUGCCAUCAAGGAAGCAUCUGAAGCAGCCUAUUUUGUUGCCCUUAAAAUGCACCUCAUAUUUGCUACCUAUAAAACAAAAGGUGCUUUUUCUUCCACUAUGCUCAGUAACAUGCAAAUGUAACUGUUUGCACUCUGAAGUGGCUUGGCAAAGCUGGAGAUCUUAAAAAAAAAAUAAAACUACCUGUAACUUAAAUCAUGACUAGUUUUACAGUAUUCAAAGGUUUUCAACUUUGGCAUUGCCAGUUGGUUUAGAUGAUAGAAAAACAAUUUAACGAUUCCUGUCAUAGCUUCCGAUGACUUUCUCUCUUUAUCGGAGGUCCUUCAUCUUGCUUAUUGACCCUUUGCAGGUUUCUGGAGCAUCCCAGGACACACCUCACAAGUAGUCAGUGCAUUUAUGUGUUAUGUAUUGUGAAUAGUAACUAAGGGCACAAGGUGCUGGGAACUUCUCUGUAAGCCACACUGAAAUAUGCCUCACAUGUGACUAAUUUCUAUUCCGAUACCACCUUUUCAGUGGAAGAAGUGAAUUCCAUGCAAACUGUGUUUAGAGAGCUAAACUUGACAACUGCACACACACACACGUUUCGUUGCAAGUAUAGGCACUUGGAAAGUACAAUUGCUGUGCACAUAAAACUUCCUAUAGGAGAAUAUAGGAUGUUGCUCAGCAGAGAUGACUGGAAAUUAAUUGAACAGAAGCACAGAUUUGUUGUGUUCUAUUCUGUUUCCCCUUUGUAUUUUGGUUUAAACUAAUUCACAAACCAAGAACUGAUAUAUUGAACCAUAUAUUGCAGAUAUUGCUGCAAAAUUAUUGUGCUAUUUUUUUGACAUGAGAAGACUUGGCUUAUUUAUUUGUAUCAUUAAAUACCCAAAUGAUCCUUGUUUAUAAAACUCAAUAAUUUUUUUUAAAAAAAGCAGCAGCGGCACAAAUUUGUUCUUAAGUGAUUUCUUCAUUUGUGCAAGAGAUGUUCCCAGUGGACUUGGUCAACAGUAGCAGCAGUAUCGCGUGGAUAUCCUUGUUCAUGCCUGGUUUCAUAGUAAGGAGAGUUGUGAUUCGUAAGUGGCAUUCAUGGGCAAGAUUCAAGGCUCAAGUGCCUUAACAGCCCUCAAGGUUGGCCAUUCUUGUUCACAAGAGAAACUGUGGCCUUGUGAAACGUGAACACUGAAUAAAUUGGGAUAUUGUCAAGGGCUGGGUAACUGCAAACUGAAUUGUGAAGCUUGUUGUAAGUCUUUUAGCUUUUGAAAUUUGGGAGAUUGUAGUAGUAAUUGUGGCGGUAGGCAACUCAUUUGUGCCAACUUCACACUUUUAUGUGAAAGUACCUUCCAAAUAGCAUUGAAAAUACUUUCCACAAGAAGCGUAACAGGGGCUUUUAAUGCUUACAGUCACUGUUGUUUUCCAGUUUACUCACUGUACUGUUUCAGGCCUGGUAAAAUGAAGACAUCCAAAUAUAUACUGAUUAUUUCAUAGUUUGCAUUAUCCAAAAAUUGAAAAUAAGCUAUAUAAAUAUAUUCAUGUUGCACUAUACUCAUAUUGUGAAAUAUGUUUUUCCCCCAGACAGCAGUUAUCAAUACCAUGUGUGGAUAUAAAACUAUGAAUGAAGAGGUAGGAACAUAUAUUCCCCCCCCCCCAUAUACAGUUAGCUUUAAGCCAUUUGAAAUGAUCUACUGUUUGAGAGUACAACUUGCAGUCUUGUCUCUGCACCAUCAAGCAUUUCUGUUGCAGACCCAGAAAAGGAAAACUCUCCAUAUCUUAUUUGUUCCUGUGCUGUUUUUUAUGCCUUUGCAACCUACACAUGCCAAGAAGAGCAUGUGUAUGAUUUGUAAGGCUCCAGUUAUCUUCAUCACAAAUAGAUCUGUUUGUGGUCACACCACAAUCUGCUGUUUAAGGCUGAGGUACACAGAUCUACUUCUGAGUAAAUGCCCAAGCAACAGGGUUGUGUUUUUUUUUUUUUUUAAUAAACACAUUUUCUGUGAUUGUGGGUAAUUCUGCAGUGAGGUUACUGCUGACUUCAGUGGAACAAAACAUGGAUGCGGGGAGCAAGAUGAAUUGGCUGUUCUUUAGACCUAGCAUGUGAGUAACAGCUGGCACAGAAAUACCAGUCUGUUGUUGAAGUUUCUUGCAAUGCAAGAAAGCAUUUUAGGCGGAAUUAAAUGUUCUGCUAAGGCGGCUGUUGCAUUUGCAGUGUGCAUUUCUGCUUGCCAGAUGAAACCAUUCCCCUCUUUUCCUCCCCUGUUUUGGGGGUUCUCCUGACCCAAGCAACUCUGAGGUAGGGGUCACUCGGGGGACAGUGCCAUUGGGCUAGGGAGACUAGUUGUGUUGGCUCCCACUAGUGCCAACAACUGACUUAAACAGAGACCUAUGUCUCAGGUUGUUGGUCUGGUAAUGUUGGCCUGAAAAUAGGAAUGAAUUGCUUGCCAUCUCUCCCAUCCCUUUGCAGCUUAAGAUUGGGAUAAGAUGUAACCAAUGGAACUGGAAUGGCAGCUUGAACUCAAAAGUAAUUUAUUAAAAAAUAUGUACUCUUUCAAACAAGUCUCUAGGGAUCUCUCAGGGCACCUAACGUUAUAUAAAAAAUCAUUUUAAAAAUCCAAUUAAAUCAUAAUGCAACCAGUGUCAUCUUAUAAACAAAUCAUCGGCAGUAAACUGCCCUGGCUGGGGGGGCAGUCUCUUUUGAGAGGCGCUGCAGAAAAAUCCCUGCUCUUUGGCAUUAGUCUGGACUUUGACAAAGAGGGAAUUGGAAGCAACACCCACUCAGACGAUCUCAGUCCUAGUAUCUGGGGAGGCGCAGUAUAUGGAGUAGACAUUUUCAACCUGCCACGUAAAACCCACUGAGAUCCCAGCAGUAAACUGGGAAUUUCACUUUGUUGAAAUUCAAUGGGGCUGUUAGCAUUGAAUACAGGGCACAUAUUGUCUCAGUAGACAAAUCAGGCUGCUUACUUAAAAGUCUCUGUUGUUACUUUACAGCGCCUGAGUGUUCAACACGUGAUAUAUGUGAGAGGAUGCACAAGUGCUGUACUGAUUUGGUUUUUGGACAACUAUGCCAUCAUGGCUGGCAUUCUGCUUGGUAUAUUGCUGCCACAGGUAAGGCUGGCAAGACUCUAAAAGGAAAUAUUCAGGACAAGGCCUUGGCUCCUUCCUUCCUUGUUGGUUUGUGAGCCACAGUUUGCAGCUUUGAUGCGUGGCAUGGGGUCAGUUGUUUCCUAUAUGUGUUUUGGGCUGUCAGAGAAGGUGGCAAACUUCUCUGUUAUUCAUUGGUCAGUUUGCAGUAGAGCUGGACCCCUUUCAGUGUGGUCCGUAAAGACAAGCAGUAAGACCUGUGAAACUUAAGUGCUUGGGCAUAUAUUUAAAAGACAUACAUAUAUAUAUAUAUUAUAUAUAAAAUUAUAUUUUGCUCUUAGAACUUUUGAAAAUCCUUUAUGAAUGAUACCAUGGAAAACAUUUUUACAACUGACUAAAUUGCUUCAUGAACCAGAUUGGGCAAUCAGGCUGUCUGUUGACCAGCCUUGGUGUUAAUGAUUCUGAUGACUGCCUGGAUGAUUCCGAUGCUGCUGGUCUUGGAAAUACGUAGCCCUGGCAAGGAUAACUAAUAUAAAUGGUACGAUAUGUUGAAAGAUUGCAGUUGGCAAGGGUGAUCGUGUCCUGUUGAAUUAGCGUUUCCGAACAAAAUAUUUGUAGAAAUGGCAAACAUUGCACAUCAAACUAUAUAUGUUACACAAACAUUACCUCAUUUAAACAAAUUGGGAGGGAAAGGGUUUACAAGCCCUCCUGUUUUCCUCUCCUUUCUUACCAAAAUGCUAUUGCAUAUGUCCUCUGAGAAAGUAUAACUCCCAUGAGAUUUCGGGGCUUUUCCCCAUGGCAUGCUAGCAGCACGCCAGAGAGGGAAGGGAGAAAUCCAGGGGGAUUCCAGACUGCGAUUGAAUCCCACCUGAAAAUACUCAAACGAGUAAUUUGGGUUGUACAACUGCAGUUGAUUGGGAGGUUUUGUGCAACAAACUUGCUUCCCCCAGAACCAGACUUUUAAAGUGAUGAGAAGAUGCACUGGGAAGUAUAGAGUAAUGCUUGCUUUGGCAUGUCUUCUGGAAGCAACCCCAAUCUCUCUGCUUUCUCUUCUCGUGGCAUUUGUAGCACUACUCCCACUUCCUCUGUGCCAUCAAAGAAGUCUAAAUUAAAGAGGAGGGGAGGAGGGCUUAGGAGGAUUGUGAUCCUGGCACCAAUAAUGUUUUGAGGAUCGGAGUGGCUAGGAGGGAGGGAGAUUUCUCAAAGUAGCUUGGAAAAUGUCAGGCUGUUUUUGACCUUUUGGGAAAUGCCUUGGCUUCCUUCAAAGUUGUUCCAUUUUGGUUUGGGGAAGGCUUGCUCUUGUCUAAUCUUUGUCAAGAAUCUCAGUGAUUGACUUCCUGGGGGAUUAUAUUCAAGCAUCCAUCCUUUGGAUGCUGUAGCGAUUCAUUGCUGUCAAGUCUUGCUUUUCCGAAAACACUUUGUUUUUCUGUGUGAAAUUCCUUAGCUCAAGCAGCAAUAGUCUGAGAUCCAUUUCUCAUGUUUUUAGUACUUUGGGCACUGUGCAAAUCAUGUGUGAAGUGCACCAAAGUGCAAAUUUCAGCACAUUUAGAGUUAUGGGUCCACACCUGCCUUUUCUGAAGGUUUUUAAGAGGACAAGUGCCAAAUUUUAAUAUGCCUAGGUUAUCCACACUUGUUGCUAGGUGCACGUUAUAGAAGCAUAGUUGUUAUAGAAUCGGAAGGGACCUUGAGGGCCAUCUAGUCCAACCCCCUGCAGUGCAGGAAUCUCAACUUGUGUCCUUUGAUAUCUAUCUGAGUACAAACUUUAAAAUGAGAAUUGUUUCCCCCAAAUGAGCAGGAAUUGUAAACUGUUAGUGAAUGGUGCUAUUCUGAUCAUCCUCCUCACUUUAUUUUGCAGUUCCUUGGGGUUUUGCUGUCUUUGCUUUACAUCACCCGAGUAGAAGAUAUAAUUGCAGAACACAAGCUUAACGAGACUCUGCUUGAUGGAGGGAGACGGAAGGCGGACAUUGAAUUUACUAGCGCUGGGUGCUGUAUGUGUUAUCCUGAGUGAUCCCCAGGUAUUCCUUUAAGAAAGACAAAUGACUAACAUCCCUUUGCAUUGUGCCUUGACUGUAGUCAGAACUUAGUGAUUUGCAAACAAUAGUCCUUAGGAAACAAACCUCCCAAUUCUUUCCAGACCUUGAUUAAUUAUUUUUUUGCUCUGAGCGUUCUUUACGGUUUCACUGGCUUUGAGCUUGAAAUGUGUUGUCUCUUGUGGCAUCUAAAAAUCUAGCCAGUUUCCUGCUUUACGGUAAACAGUAUAGCUAAUCUGGGAGGGAAAUGGUUGUGAAAAUUAAUACAAUAAUUAUUGUAGCCAAACUGACUAUGUACAAGGGCUGUUUACGUUCCCUGUGCAAGGAUGUCGCUAAAAACAUAAAAUCAUCUUUACUUCUUUCUAUUUUUCUAGUCAUUUUCAGAACAUGGUAAGAUUACCAAUGCAGGGGGCACAAUCUCAAGUUCACUCUAAAAGGAUCUUUUGGUGACUUUCCCACCUCAGAACGAUGGUUAGCUUGAAGUAGCCAUUUCCUAAUUUUUUCCAAAGGAUAUUUGCUACUUUGUUUUUUAUUAGCUGACUGAAUUCAGGCUUUUUAAAAACUUGAAAGUUUCGUGUAGGUUCUUUUAAAGACUUGGGUCCUACCACUAGGCAGAUUUAUUCACGGCAACUGCAGAUCAUACUAUUUUGUGGGCAUGUUCAGUUUUGGGUGGAAGCCUGUGUAAGUAAUACUUACCUGUCCAAAUUGGAACGUUUAAAAUACUGUGCAAUCAUAUUUUGAUGCUGCUUCUUAUGGGUUAGGGAAAGCACUCUGGAGGCCUUGAUUAAUCUUUUGUGCCUUUCUACUAUAAACCACUAUCUGGCUUAAGUCAGAUAAUGGCAGCUUGCUUUGAUGCCAAUUUAAUUUCCUAAUUUAUAUAUUUUUGUAUGAUAUUUGGUAUCCCUGAUUAAUUUGAGUCCUGUAUGUAUUGUGAUGUACUGUAUUUUUCCUGCCUAUUGACUGGAAUUCUGGUGUGUACAGAGAUGCAAUUCUUUAUAUAGAAAAUAAAUUUAAUGAUUUUGU